CACGCCGCGAUGCAGCACUACGGGGUGAACAGCUACUCGCUGCACGCUGUCAACUCGCUCAGCGCCAUGUACAACCUGCACCAGCAGGCGGCGCAGCAGGCCCAGCACGCCCCCGACUACCGGCCGUCGGUGCACGCGCUUACGCUGGCUGAGCGCCUGGCUGACAUCAUCUUGGAGGCCCGCUAUGGCUCCCAGCAUCGCAAACAGCGUCGCAGCCGUACCGCAUUCACUGCUCAGCAGCUCGAGGCCCUGGAAAAGACCUUCCAGAAGACUCACUACCCAGAUGUGGUGAUGCGUGAGAGGCUGGCCAUGUGCACCAACCUGCCUGAGGCCCGGGUGCAGGUGUGGUUCAAGAACCGCAGGGCCAAGUUCCGGAAGAAGCAGCGCAGCCUGCAGAAAGAGCAGCUCCAGAAGCAGAAGGAGGCUGAGAGCUCCCACGGGGAAGGCAAGACCGAGGCCUCAACCCCAGACACCCAGCUGGAGACUGACCAGCCCCCCAGCCUGCCCAGUGGCGACCCCCCUGCUGAGCUUCACCUGAGCUUGUCUGAGCAGUCAGCCAGUGAGUCAGCCCCCGAGGACCAGCCAGACCGGGAGGAGGACCCCCGGGCAGGGGCUGAGGAUUCCAAAACUGAGAAGAGCCCUGGGGCUGAGAGCAAGGGGCUGGGCUGCAAGAGGGGCAGCCCCAAGGCAGAUUCCCCGGGCAGCCUGGCCCUGGCUCCUGCAGCCCCUGGGGGAGGCCUCCUGGGCCCCUCCCACUCCUACUCCUCAUCCCCGCUGAGCCUCUUCCGUCUGCAGGAGCAGUUCCGCCAGCACAUGGCAGCCACCAACAACCUGGUGCACUACUCAUCCUUUGAAGUGGGGGGCCCGGCCCCCGCUGCUGCUGCUGCUGCCGCCGCGGUGCCCUACCUGGGCGUCAACAUGGCCCCGCUGGGCUCACUGCACUGCCAGUCCUAUUACCAAUCCCUGUCAGCAGCGGCCGCUGCUCACCACGGUGUGUGGGGGGCCCCACUGCUGCCCGCGCCCCCCGCAGGCCUGGCACCUGCCUCAGCUGCCCUGAACAGUAAAACUACGAGCAUCGAGAACCUGCGGCUUCGGGCCAAGCAACACGCAGCCUCCUUGGGACUCGAUACACUGCCCAACUGACUGCUGGCCUCCAACCCAGCCAGGGGUCUUGAGUGCCCCCCUCCCAGCCCAUGGUUAUCCCCAGACGGCUCUCAAGGAGUUAACUCUAUGAGCCCAGGGAUCCUGGGCCUGGAGUCCUGCCCCCUGUGCCCUCCCUGAGAGCCCCAGCCCUAGAUGAGGCCCACCCCUGCACACCCUCUGCAUGGCCCUGCUUGGAUCCGUGGAGGCCAAAUGGGGAGGAGGGGAGAGGCUGGGUGGCCCCUCAGCUUUCCACUGGGGAGUGAGAGGCUCUCACUGGCUAGAUCCCCACCUCAGUGUCGCCUCCUCCCCUCCCUUUCUUCCGUCCCCUUCUGCCCCCUAGUAUGUUUCUGUGUGGAAUGUGAGGUAUAACUAUCCAUAUAUAAAGCUAUAUUUUCAGGCCCCCGCCUGCCCCAGGCCCCUGCCCUGCUGCUACUCCACUGCCGCCCUGGCCUCCACCUGCAGCUUCUGCAUCUCACUCUGGCUUUCCCUUCUCUCUGCCUCUCUCUCCCCUUCCCUUCUUCCCUCACCUCCCUCUCCCUGCCUCUGUCCUGUUCCCUACCCCUCUCUCCCCACCUCUGUCUUCCCCACUCUGGAUCUUUCCCCCAUGUCUCUUCUCCCUGCUCCUGCUUUCUUUCUUUGGUGCUGGUUGUGUUAGUGUCGUCAGUUCCCAAGCUAUGUUUUGUUUGGGGUUGUGGCUUUUUAGUUUUAGUAAUUUUGCUUCUUCCUCUUCCUCUCCUGCUUCUUCCCUGCCUGCCUGUCUCCUCCCCACACUGGCACUCUCUCUUGGCCGCUGUUCCUUUCCAUCCCCAAUAGAGGUGAGAAGGCCCUAGCUGGAGACCCUGGAGCCACUGGAGCUGCAGGCAGGAGGUGGCAUUGGCACUGGCCCCCACACCCACCUUCCCCCAGGCCUGGCGUCUAGAAGGUGUUGUGAGCACGUUCUCUUCUCUCUCUCUUCUCAGCGGUGAGGCCCCAUUCCCAAAAUUGAGGAGGAGGGGAGUGGAGGCAGGAGUUAGAUGGGGCAGGCGGUAGACGGCAGCACCGUGCCUGUAAGACCUCGUGCUGCCAGCGUGUGUUCAGGACUGACCACAGGGCUCUAGACCCCUCUCUGGUGAGGGAGGCAGCAGGGGAAGGGAGCUCUCAGAGAGAGGUGUCUUCAGAGGAAUGCGGCGGGUGCUGCUCUCCCGCAGCCCAGCCCCCACCCCCCCCACCCUGGUGCAGGAGGUAGUGUCCAUGGCGGGGGCGCCUCGAGCCAAGAAGGAAGGUUGAACUCCAGCUCCUGAUGCCAGUGAGGGCAAACCACGCAGCACUGUGCAGUCUCGGGCUUCUGUUGGCGUCCUGUCCUAGGGCCAAGUGCUGAAGGAAGGGCUUCUGUCCGGCUAGUCACUGGCAUGGCGAGAUAUGUUCCUGUUUGUGGCCGGGAAUCCAGCUCCCUUUCAAAGCCGUGUGACCUUGAAUCAGCCCAUAGCCCCUCUGGGCCUGUUUCCCCUAGCCCAGGUCUGGAUUAGAUGGCCUUUGGUGUCCUGUCCAGCUCUAAUCUUCUGCAUGUCUGUGCUCACAACCUUGCAGCGCAGAAGUUGUUAGUUAACUAACAACAACCACAAAAAGGCUCUCAAAAGUACAAUGUAUGAAUUAGAAAAUUACCCUUGCCUUGCUGUGGAGCAAUGGGUGUUGCUCGCACAAGCCUCUCUGUGGGCAUAGCCACAGUCUCUGGGCCUCAGUUUCCCAAUAAAUAUAAUGGGUCCCUUCUAGUUGAGACAAUCUGGAUUUGAUCCUGCUUUUCUUGAGUUCCAGUGCCAGCCUUUGUGGUCAUCCCAUCUCCAUGUCUUCACAUGGCCUCAGGAGCUCAGGGCAGGGGGAGGGGGAUGGCCUGCACAAAUUCUGGGUCAUGAUCCCCAACCCUCUGUGGCUCACCACUGAACCCUCCAGCCCCUGCUUGGAGAAUUUGCAUCUGAAAACUGAGGUAAAGAUUCCUAAGGCUUGUCUCCUCUCCCAGUGGAAAGAGAGGGGGGUCUAUUGGUGCCUUGGUAGGAUUGGUUUGCAGAGCAGUCAGUGCCCAUCAUCUUUGGGGGGAUCCAUUUGGGCUGGGGCAGAUGGAGAAGGUUUUGGAUGGGAAAAAAGUGAGGGGAAUGGUAACCUGGACCAAGAAAGCUGUUUGAACAAAGCAGUGGACUGAGAUUAAGUGGACGAUGGGGAAGGGGUGGCUGGCUUCAUGAGAGGGAGGCUGAGGACCUCGCGUUCAGGCUAAAGACCUCACCUCUAUGUGGCGCCAAGAUAGGCAGGUGAGGGUUUCUGAACAGGCGGAUCAGGUGAACCAGGAUCUGGGAUCUGGGAUUUGGAAGGUGAGUCCAACAGCCAUAGGAGCCUCAGAGGAGGAGAGACUUAGGCAGGGGGAUGGGAGGGUGGCAGAGACUGUAGGAAACAGAAGGGAUUUUUGGUUUGUCCUCUGGGAUCAGCUCGAGAAAGGUCUGUCUCUGAAACAAAAACAAUCUCAUCUAGACCAGGCCUGGGGACUGAAGCUUUCUGCCUGUCCCGGGAUGCAAAUGACUGUCACUGGGCCUUGGAAUCCAACAGCUCCAGACAUCACCACCUCCUCCAGGAAGCCUCCCUUGUCCUCCUAAAGGGCAAGUCCACCCCAAAGUCAUAUUCUGUCAUGGCUGGAGCCAGGCCCACCUCAGGCUCAGCCCAGCUUCCCUCAGCUCUGUCAACACUUCCUCAUUCAAUUGACCUAAUUCCCCCAGCCCAGGGAAGGCAGGGAAAGUGUAUGGGGUCCCCGCCCCCGGGCAGCUCUCAACCUCCUUUAGGGCACCAGCCUCAGUUCCUGAGAGCACCUGGAGAGCAAGAAGAGGGUGUGCCAGGCGUCUCCAGCGGGAGCAGAUGGCCUGGGCAGGCCCACCGCACCUGAGACUGAAGCUGCAGCCGUCCAGGCCUGCUGCUCACCCUGAGGCCCGAGCUCUGACUGUCCCUUCCAGGAAAGCCUUGUACCCCCGUCCCCCUCCUGUCUGAGGCCUCCAUUUCCCUGCUUCCUCAUUUCCCAGUGCAUGUCCAGGGGUCUGGACUCCACGGCCGCGGGCCAUACAGACUGCUUUCCAAACCAGCUGUUUUGUGACCAUUUGUGCUUAGAAAUCGUGCCAGCCGUGGCAAAAACACUGUGUACUGUAUUUAUUUAUUCUGUUAGUUGAAAAAACAAGACUCAAACCUCCCCCUCCCCUGCCCCACCUCCUGUGUAGUGCAGCAUGACACCCUGUCCUGUGUAUCCGUCCGUCUGUCUGACUUCCUGUGACGUUGUGACCUGUUCUCUGUCCUACUUGGCUAAUAAAAGAGAAUCCG